AUGUAUGCCGACAAGAAAUCGGACCUCUUCUUGUUCGUUCGCACGCUUGUGGAGCGGCCUGACCUGCGGCCGAGGGUGCGGGAAGUCGUCUUCAACGAGCCCCACGCGGACCCCAGCGUUGGAACACGACCCGUCGAUUACUCAGGUAAAUCGCUGCUACGGGUGAGGACUACCUCCUACGGGGAGAUUGGGAGCCUCCUCUGGUAUGCACUAGUGUCGGCUGGUAACGUCAUGUGCAUUGCCUGUCCAGCCUUGGUUCUCCGCAGCAUCUUGGUUGAGCUUCGGGAAGAGGAAGAUAAAGAUGAAGAUGAAACCAAGAGAAAGCUGUAG